AUUUCACAGCGAGCGGACGUAUACGACGGAGCCGAAAUAAAAUGUGCGCGCAUUUACCGUUUAAAGAGAAGUGGAGUUCUUAAAGAUAUCUAAAUAAAAAUGUAUCAAUGAAACUACCAAAACCUCAAUUUUUCUAAAAAAUGUGAAGGUGAAUGUAUUAAAACAACCAAAAAAGCACUUUCUGCCGAAAAAUGUAAAAUACGUUUUGUGAAAAAUUUUGUGAAAACAUACAAUAAAUAUACUAAAAAUAUAUCAAAAUCGCUCAAAAGAGUACUACCUGAAAUAAGAUGGUUAAACAACAAAAGUCAAAGUAGAAAUAAGCACUUCAAAAUAAAUGGAGCAGAAAGUGAAAGAGCAUAUGGAAAGUAAAACAGGCAGUAUAAAAGCAAAGUGAAUAAAACAAAAAAAAAAUAAAAAAAUUAUAAAAAAAUAUAACGGCAACGACUCGAAUAAUAAGCUGCAAUAAGUAGUCGUGCCAGAAAAAAAUGUAAUUAUUAUAGCAAACAAAAAAAUAUUUUAAAAACCUACCCUUUUAGCUUUUUAAAGCGCUUUUAAAACUGCAGCAUUGCCUGCUUUUAGGCGCACAUUACAAUAAUCAUAAAUACUUAAUAGCUUACGCCCCUCUCAAAAAGCGCUGCAUAAUGCUUUGUAAAAAUGGCAGCGCCUUAAAUUUACGAAAAGAAGAAGUGAGCUGUCGCAGCGAAUAACUGUAAGCGGCGAAGUAAAACUUUCGGCCAACAUUAAAGUUUGUGAAGCAUUAAAGAGUGCAGCAGAGCAUGGCAUUAGAGCGCGCGACAGCAGUGUGAGCAAAAGUGCAAAAGUGUAUAUGAGACCUAAAGUGACCAGUGAAAAGUGCGAAGUGAAGCAAAAGGUGCGUAAAAGUGAAAGUGAAAAGUGAAUUGAAGUGUGUAUCGAAUUAAGGUCAUAGUUCAAAAUGUUUAAAUAAGAAAAAGAAAAAUAUAUGAAGCAAACAUUUCGAAAAGUGUCAAAGUUUCUACAGAAAAUGUCCUUGUAGUACUGCUCAAUAAAUAUCGCGGAAAAUUUAUCAUUGAAAGUUUGCUUUGCUCCAAAACAAAUUUCUCAUACGAAUUCAAUAUCAGUUCGUCUAUAUAAAAAAUACUUAUUUAAAAUAACAAAUCCAAGUAAGCUGCUCACCGCAUAUCCUUUUUGCCAGCAUACAAAAAGCGCAGGAGCUUCAAUACCCAAUAAUAAAAGUAAUCCAAAUAAAAUCGCAGCUAAAAUUGUAAGUGAAAAAGACACUGCGAGAUAAACAACUGAUCCAGUGUGUGUUAACUGCCUGUAAACAAGCUUACGGCAUUAGGCGGCGCGUCUACGGAAGCAGCAGCUGCAGCAGCAGUUGUGGUAAAGGACAUUCGGCACAAACAUACUGAAAAUUUAAUGUGUUUUGCUUUAAAGAUACGCACUUAUUUUUCGAAAACUUGGAGAAACUUAUUUCUCUGCGAUAAAGGAAAGACUUUUUGAGACCACAAAAUUCAAUGGCUACGAGAGCAACAUAAACGCUACAACAACCGCACAACAACGACAACAACAACAAAUAGUAAUAUACAUGCAAACAAUGUAAUAAUGUCAACGCUUGCAGCAACAGCGCAAAUGCCAGGAGUCGCCAAGUCAAAGACACUUGUGGGAAAUGUGGCAAGCAAUGCUACAACGGCAACAACAACAACAACAACAACAACAACGACGAUAAUAACAGCAAGGACAACAAGAGUUACGACAAAAUUAAGCAAUCAAGAUAAUCACAAUGAGUAUGUCGCUGCCAACGCCGCUGAUGCGAAGUAUUUAAGGCACGCAACGCUGGGAAAUUUUAAUCAACAAAACGAGCAGCGCCCUGCCAGGCUGGUGAGCUGCAACAGCAACAACAAUACACGCGGCACAUGCAGCUGUUGCGGUGGAGAACAGCGCCAGCAGCAACAACACCAACAACAGUUGAGGCUAAGCACAGAGAUGAACGAUGUCAACAGCAUGUGCGGCAUAGCAGCAACAGCAACAACGCCGGCUGUAAUGUUGCACGAAAUGAAUGAUGUCAGCCGCUGCCAGCGCAUUUUAAGUAACAAUAAUUCAUGCUGCCGCGCUGAUAACUACAUUAAAUGGAAUUAUGAGCGCCAGGCUUUAGAAAGUGAUAAUGAAAGCGCGCCCUACACACGCUUGCAUAAGCAGCCAGUGCGCUACCACACGCGGCGCGCCACCACUGUUUGCACAACGCCCAGAGUGGGCGCUUUAUCGGCGCCGGAAAUUUCAACACGCGUGUCAGCGUUACCCGCGGCGCUCGAUAGCAGGCAGGCAAAUGGUACAAAAACACGCACAAUCGCGCAACAGCAGCACUUGGCCCUAAAGGCACCAGUACUUAUCGCUGAGCCGGGUUUAAAGAGCGCAUCCGGCUCAAAAAGCACGAACAGUUUGGGUGCUGCAAGUGACGCGCUUGCUGUGGAGGGUCGCGUGUGCAAACCCAUAAUGUGCAACAAAAAGCGCCACCUUAAUGCGCGCAGUGGCAAACAUAGAAGAAAGCAUUGCAAGCGCAAGCGGCGCUGCCACUCGCCGACCAACAGCGUCCGAACGGAAAUGGCUGAAACAAAAGGCGCGGUGAAAACGCGCGCGAUUAGGUGCGCGACAAAAAGUCCAAAAGCUCUGAAUUCGGGCGUAUUGACGUCAUUUCUUUUGAAUUCCACUUUGCUGGCAUUGUGCAAUGCCACCGCCGCCACGGCGCUCUCUGCAGUGGCGGCAACACUCGGCGAAACUAUUAAUAGUUCCAUGGGCACUGAUGCGUCCCCAUCAGCGCCCGCUGCCAACAUGGUUGGGAGUGCGUAUGAAAACGUCAGCGCUGCUAACGGUAAUGGCAGUCAUGGUGGCAGUCAAAUAGUUUUCCCCAAUGGCGGCACUAGUGAUAUUAGUUUUAAUGACAGCGACAAUUUGCUGGACGAAGAUGAUCGCGAAUAUAUUUUCGACCGCACCGAUGUGCGCAUCAUUUUUAUAACGCUGUAUACGCUAGUGUUUUGUUGCUGCUUUUUCGGAAACUUACUUGUGAUACUGGUUGUAACAUUAUCGCGGCGCUUGCGCUCAAUAACGAAUUUCUUCCUAGCAAACUUAGCUCUAGCCGACUUCUGUGUGGGUCUAUUUUGUGUGAUGCAAAAUUUAUCGAUUUAUCUUAUAGAUAGCUGGGUGUUUGGCGAGUUUCUUUGCCGCAUGUAUCAAUUUGUGCACUCGCUCAGUUACACGGCGUCGAUUUUCAUUCUCGUCGUCAUCUGCAUGGAGCGUUACUUUGCCAUUGUCCAUCCAAUUACGUGUAAGCAGAUCUUAACGGCGACUAGAUUGAGGCUGGCCAUCUUAACCGUUUGGGUCACCUCAGCCGUUUACUCGACGCCCAAGUUCGUAUUCAGCAAAACUAUUAAGAAUAUACACACUGAGGAUGGGCAGGAGGAGGAGAUUUGUGUGCUGGAUCGCAAGAUGUUCAAUUCCCAGUUACUGGAUAUGAUCAAUUUUGGACUGCUCUACGUAAUACCGCUGCUUGUGAUGACGGUGCUCUAUAGCAAAAUUGCGGUCGCUUUGUGGCGCAGCUCGCACGGUCUCUCGCACCAUUUAGUCACACAGCAUCAGCAACAGCAGCAGCAACAACAACAGCAGCAACAACAACAACAAGACGAAAGCAUGAGCUUACAUAACAGCAUGUAUCAUCAUCAACAUUCACAACAUCACAAUCACAAUCAUCACCAUCAUCAUCAUCAUCCGCAUACGCAACAACUACAACAACAUAAUCAUCAUAUGUCCUAUAAUCAUCAUUCAGCACAGACAACAACGACACUGCACAACAUCAGUCAUCAUCCGAAUCAUUUGCAACAGACACACGCAGAGCAACAGUUGCCCGGCGCUGAGUUGGCGCACACCACUGUUGUGGGCGUGGUGGGCAUGGGUAGUCUGAGUGGUUGUGGCGCUGGCGCUGGUGGCGGUGGAGGUGUCGGUAGCGGUGGUGUUGUUGUCACCAGUAUGACGAGCGGCUUGUUGUCGCGCAGGCAGAGCAGCAAGUACGAGAAGCGCGGCGUCAGCAUCACCGAGAGCCAGUACGAAGGCAGUCAGGUUUCACUGGACUCCGAACGGCCCAUUGUAUCGGCUUGCCGCAACGGCAGCAAUAACAACGGCAAUGGCAGUAGCGGUGGCAUCAGUGGCGGCAGCAUGAAUAGCACACAUAAAAGCAGUUUUAUGCAACAUCAUCAUCAUACAUCGGCGCAUCCGCAUCCGCAUCAGCGAGCGCGCGUCGCACACAUGUCGCACUCGUCGAAUAAUGUGUUGCGCGCCAGACGCGGCGUGGUGCGCAUGCUCAUCAUUUUCGUAUUAACCUUUGCGCUGUGCAAUCUGCCAUAUCAUGCGCGCAAAAUGUGGCAAUACUGGUCACGUUCAUAUCGCGGUGAUUCGAAUUUCAAUGCGCUGCUCACACCGCUCACCUUCCUCGUCACCUACUUCAAUUCGGGCAUUAAUCCGUUGCUCUACGCCUUUCUAAGCCGCAAUUUUCGCAAAGGCAUGAAGGAGCUGCUGUUGUGUUCCUGGAAGAAGGGCAAGGGCAAAUCAUCGUCGAACUCAUCGAUGCAUCACAAGCGCGUGGCAUUGCAGACUCACUCGCUACCAACCGACACAACGCAUAUUGGCAACGAACAGCUAUGAUGACCCAUUCGUCGCGUUCGCAUACAACGGCGAGCUUUUGGCACAGCCUCGUAAGCUUUUCAACCGUCGCAGCAUAUACAUACAUACCUACCUACAUACCUAGUAUAGAGUCUAGUUAUAUAUUUACAUAUAUAUGUGUUUGUACAACCGUUGGCAAAUAAUUAUUGUAUUGUGGGUUUCCAGGUGUACUCAUUUGUUUUUGUUAGCGCUUUGCUUUUCAAUUAUAUGCUUUUUCCUAUCGUACGAUAUAAGAACUCUUCGAAUUUUAAGUGAAAAUCAAACAAACAAUUGCUGUGCUAUAGCUUUUUCUUGUAAUUAUGCAGAUUUAAGCAACAUUUUUAUUGAUGUGAUGUUUUCGAAGCUUCAAAUGUGAUUAGUGAUAACGGUUUUUGGCAUAAACUAAAUAUUUGAUAUACAUAUAUGACGAAUAAAUAUAGUUUAAGGUAACUGAGUAGUGUUUUAAUGCAGUCAUAAUGUAAUUAAGUACUUAUAGUUGAUGUAAUUAAUUAAAGUACUGGCAAUUAAUAUAAUUAAGUA